AACUGUUGCAAGCGUAAACCACAGGGAUCUUUCAACUGGUGCAGGUCCGUCUUGCCAGUUUCUUUCGUAAAUGAUGAGUGACUCUCUGGAGAAGACGACAGACUGUCCCCUGCAGCUUCUUGCAGAGGACUCCAGUCAAGACGGGGAGAGAAACAGCCCGACGGGGUCAAGUGAGUCACCUUGGGAAGAUGGAGGUCUACCCGUGGAGCUGCAGAGAGGGAUGGAAACCCUCCGAGUGAACAGAGAACUAACCGAUGUAGUUCUGUGUGUUCAGGGACACGACUUCCCUUGCCAUCGAGCCAUACUCGCUGCUGCCAGUCAGUACUUCAGGGCCAUGUUCUGCAGUGGUCUGAAGGAGAGUCGCGAGGAGCGUGUGGAAAUAAAGGGGUUGGACAGCGAGACGAUGCACUCGCUCCUGGAGUAUACCUACACCAGCCGUGCCCUCCUUACGAACUCAAAUGUCCAGAGAACACUAGAGGCUGCCAGUCAAUUUCAGUUCCUGCGCGUGGUGGACGCAUGCGCCGACUUCCUGAGCAAGUCUCUGCACCUGGAGAAUUGCAUCGGGAUCCUGAGUCUCGCCGACGGCCACGCCUUACCGGCGCUGAAGACCGGGGCCCGAGACUACAUCACCACUCACUUCUCCCAGGUCGUCCGGCAGCCGGACUUCCUGGAGCUGCCGGCCAAGUCGCUGGAGGCCGUCCUGCAGAGGGACGACCUCGACGUGAAGUGCGAGGAGUGUGUGUUCGAAGCCCUGAUGCGCUGGGUGAGAGCCCGGCAGGAUGAGCGCUCCCCUUCGCUGGCCGGGCUGCUUGCACAUGUGCGACUGCCACUGCUGGAGUCUGCUUACUUUGUGGAACAAGUGGAGUCGGAUGAAUUGAUUCGACGGUGCAGCGAGGCGUUCCCCUUUCUGCAAGAGGCACGCAUCUACCACCUCUCCGGCACAGAGGUGGUCUCUGAACGCACAAAACCGCGAGCGCAGCACUUUCUGUCAGAGGUGUUCCUAAUCAUCGGAGGCUGCACUAAAGAUGAACGCUUCAUUUCCACCGUCACCUGUCUGGACCCCCUCAGGCGCAGCAGGCUGGAGGUUGCCAGGCUGCCAAUUACAGAGAUGGAGGAUGAAACCCAAAACAGGAAAUGGGUGGAGUUUGCGUGCAUCACCUUCCGCAAUGAAGUGUAUAUAUCUGGAGGUAAAGAGACACAGCAUGAUGUUUGGAAAUAUAAUGGGGCCCUGGACAAGUGGAUCCAAAUAGAGUCCCUGAUAACUGGGCGCUGGAGGCACAAAAUGGCAGUGCGUGGGGGAAAGGUGUACGCACUGGGUGGAUUUGAUGGAGUUCAGAGACUGGACAGCGUGGAGGCCUAUGAUCCCUUUCACAAUCGCUGGACACAGGUGACACCUCUUGCAGUGGGUGUGAGCUCCUUUGCCGCUGCAGGGUUUGACAGAUGGAUCUAUGUGAUUGGUGGCGGUCCGAAUGGAAAGUUGGCAACUGAUCAGGUUCAGUGCUGGAAACCUGGGACGGACAGCUGGGAACUGCGGGCGCCGAUUCCCAUCGAAACCAAGUGCACUAAUGCAGUCACCUUCAAGGACUGCAUCUAUAUAGUGGGUGGUGCCAUGCAUGCCAUGUACUGCUACUCACCUCUGUCAGACUCCUGGACCCUUGUGACCCGUCUGGGCGAGAGGGCGAGCUGCGCCAUCGCCGCCUGUAACAACAAACUCUUCAUCACUGGGGGGCGGGACAACAAGAACCAAGUUAUCUCCACGGUGAUGUGCUGGGACUCUACCCGCGGGACGCUGACAGAGGAGUGUGUUUUACCUCUGGGUGUGUCGCACCACGGCAGUGUUACGCUCAUGAAGUCCUACACACACAUACACAGAGUAACAUCUGCUUCAGAGAGCCAAUGACACACACUCCUGUGAACAGCACACCGAGAGUGAUGAAUAAAGAGAUCAUUAUUUGUUCACGCAUUGCUAUGUACAAUGUUGUUGUUAAUGUAAGCCACUUAGGAAUACUUCGAGUCAUUCACGAUGUUAUAUAAUAAACAAUAAUGUCAUUAAUUGGACUUUUUAUACCAAUAAAUACAUUGUUCCAUG